AUGAAAUACGUCGCCUUGCUUAGUGGUGGCAAGGAUAGCUGCUAUAACCUCGUCCAUUGCUCACAGAACGGCCACGAUCUUAUAGCUGCCGCUUCAUUGGGGCCAGAACCUGGCAAAGAGGAACUCGAUUCAUAUCUUUACCAAACUGUCGGUCAAGACGCAAUUGAAUUUGUUGCUCGUGCACUAGAUGUACCAUUGUAUCGCAGAAUAAUUACUGGACACGCUAUCGAGCAAGGAUCAGAGUAUGGUGAAAGGAAACCGAAUAACGCAAGCGGCGUAGUUGGUGACGAGACUGAGGAUUUGUUCGAACUCUUAUCUACUGUCAAGGCACAUCACCCAGACAUCAAAGGUGUUUCUGUUGGCGCUAUUCUUUCAAAUUAUCAGAGAGUCCGUGUCGAACAUGUUUGUCGUCGCCUGGGUUUGACCACGUUAUGUUACUUGUGGCAACGAGAUCAAGCACAUUUACUUUCUGAGAUGAUCGACGCUGGCGUGGAAGCGAUUUUAAUCAAAGUAGCAGGGAUUGGGUUGACAAAAAAUCAUCUUGGAAAAACCCUUUCUCAAAUGCGAACCACACUUUCCAAACUGAAUACACUGUACGGCUCUCAUAUUUGCGGCGAAGGCGGGGAAUACGAAACUUUGACUUUGGACUGUCCCCUAUUCAAGUAUCGCAUUAAUCUCACGGACACAGAAACUGUGAUCCAUUCAGACAACGACUUUGCCACAGUUGCAUUUCUUCGAGUCAAGGGUGCCGAACUAGAAUCCAAGUCUGAUGGAAUUAACCAGGUCGCCAUUAUCCCAACUCUGUUAGAGGAUCAAUACGAAUCGAUCAAACAAGCUGUGAACGAUUCCCUGAACAAAAUCGAAUCCAAUAAACGCACCUCAUGGGGUGGUUCUUUUACUCACCAUGUCAACUUUCCCACCUCCCUUGGUUGGCGUAAAGGACCAUGGAUUGUUGUUUCAAACGUACAGGCUGAUAUUCCGGACGAUGGCAUCUUGACAAUUGAAGAAGAAGUUACCCAGUGUUUUACCACCCUUGCUGAGCAUCUGUCUUCAUAUGGAGCAGAUUUAUCGCAGUGUACAAUGAUCAAUGUUAUGAUUUCGUCUAUGGAUUUAUUCCUUCCGGUAAAUGCUGUAUAUUCCACAUUCUUUGGCGUCAGUCCGCCUGCUCGCGCAUGUGUAUGUGUUGAUCUUCCAAAAACUGUUCGCGUGAGGCUAGAAUGCAUUGCAUACGCUGAAAUAUCCCCACGUGAUCGACAAGCGCUCCAUGUUCAAGGCUUGAGUUACUGGGCACCAGCAAACAUAGGCCCAUAUUCCCAAGCUAUCACAACAGGCGAGCGUGUAUUCAUAUCAGGACAGAUUGGCCUUAUUCCAAGCGAAUUGGCAUUACCAAUACCUCGCUCCUUGUCAACGGAAAUGGCAUUGGCGUCCCAGCAUGUCGAGCGUAUAGCAACUGCUUUGAAAGAAAAUUCUGGCGGCGGUUGGGAGGGGUUUACGCUCUCCGCUAUCUACUGGAUAACAGAGCCAAAUCACCUUAUCCAUGUUAAACAAGGCCACCUUGCACAUAAAUCACGCCAAUAUCCAACGCUAUUCGUAGUCGUCAAGGAUCUGCCUAAGCAUGCGCUAGUAGAAAAGCAAGUGAUCCUACACACCGGAAGGUGUCACGUAGUGGAUAAUUAUGACGGAGAACUAAUGCUCCAAAGUUGCAUUCCAUUAUAUGACUGUCGGAUAUUAAACUACGACAGCGGUCGCUCUAUUCUCUGGCAAACAUUGACCUUCAAAGAAGACCAUUCAGCCUGCGCCGUUAUUUUCAUCAAGGGCGAAUUUGAACAAAGUUAUGCAACUGAAUUGCGUGAAAUGGUCUCCAGUCUCACCCAGACUUUGGAGCAAGCUCUCUCUAUAAGAUAUUCUAAUGACACAUAUUCUGUAUUUCUUCAGUGA